CUAAGUGACUCAGUACCAUGGAAGGUUCUCCUAGGCAUUCUCCUUCACCUGCUCCUACAACAGUUCCAAGUGAUAUCGAAGAAAAGCUAGGUGUUUUCAAUUCACAAGUCCUUUUGAUGAUCCUUUUAUAUGUCAAUGGAAAAUCCCAAAGUGCUACACCGACAAUAAGUCUGAUUGGGCAUUUGCUAAAACUGGAAAGAGACAGUGAUAACUAUUCAGGGAUUAUCAACUACACCUUUAGCCGACUGAAAGUUAAUCCAGCUCACUCCUUCACUCCAGACUCUGCUACAGAAUUACCUCAAGAACAUGCUGACGGGAUAAAGCUUAGACUGGCCCUUGUUGAUUUCUUACUAAGUCUUGGUAAUCUACAAAAAGCAAGUAGAGCUGUCAAGAAAAUAGGAGGAAAAGGAAUUUCCCUUGAUGCAACUCCACUUGAGAUCAUUGAUGGGGCUUGCCGGAGGAUGCGGCCUUGGGAAAUGGUGGGUGCUUUUAACAAAAUGGCUGCUGAAGAAUUCAGGCAUACUAACAGAUAUGAUGUAACUAUUUUUUUGGAAAAAGAUUUUGGCGGUUUCAGCUCACUUUCAGAAAGAAUGGGCCAAUUCAUGAUGACCAAAGUAUCUGAAUCUGAAACAUUAAGUAUUAAAAUCAAACAAAAAAUGGUUCUACUUUGUCAAAAUAAUAAAAGAGGAGCAGCCUUCUGUAUUUUGGUACCAAUAGCUUUACUAAUCUUGUUAUUAGUUGGUGUUGGUAUCAGCAUGUGGCUCUCAUACCAUCCAUCUAAUUCAACUGAUCAGUCGAUGGAGAUUGGUGAUAUACAGUCCAGUAGUGCUCUUAUUCCUGUACCUAAUAAUGUAUCUUCAGUUUCAUUGAAUAUUCCUUCUGGAAUUACGUUGUUCAUGGCCUCAUCUAUUCCACCAACUGGAAUACAAAUUCUUCAAUCGAGAAUCCCUCAAAGUUAUGGACAUUGUACUCCGUACAAUGUUAAUACUGGUGAUAAUCCAGUGUAUCUCCUCUCUGGGUCUAUCAUGAACUAUACCCUAACAGUGUCUGAUUUAGAUCAUUCUCAAUGUUCUGGAAUCUAA